UAUGCCAACACCUCCCUGAAAAUUCUGUUUUUAACUUAAAGUCUUUUCAUGAUUCAAACAGAAACGGUGCAUAAUUUCAGGUUCGCUGUGUGUUCAGAAUUAGAAAAAACUCAAAGUUACAGAGUGGCACGUUUCCACGUUAUGACUGAGGUACAAAAAACCACAUCAUUUGCAUUGACAGCCUGAUCUUCAACCCCUGACACAAGCAUAUAAAAAGAGAUGUUUUCAGAGCUUAUGGCAUUUCUCUUCAGCCGUUCACCCAGUCUGUGACCCCAUCAUGUCCACCUUCUGCAACCUGGCCGUACUGAUGCUUCUACUGACUUUUGAAAGUCCAGUAUAUGCAGGAAAAAUCAUUGGAGGCAAGGAGGUCGAUCCACACAAACGGCCGUACAUGGUGUUUUUGCGGAUAAGAAAUGCUCAGAAUAAUCUGGAACUCUGCGGUGGAUUCCUUAUUAGAGAAGAUUUUGUGAUGACUGCGGCUCACUGCAAGCGCAAUGAUCAUAAGUCCUAUGAAGUUUUUUAUGGGUUUGACAAAAAGUUUGAAAACCAUACAAAAGUGGAGAAAUAUUUUCCACAUCAUCGCUACAAUAACACUGAUUUCACAAAUGACAUAAUGCUGCUUAAGUUGUGCCAUAACACAAGCUCGGACCACCAUAUCAAACACAUUGAGCUGGCACAGGAGGAAAAUGGCUCACUGCCAAAUUCGUGCUCAGUCUGCGGUUGGGAACUGGACAGGUCUGCAGGAAUGCCUUCGAAGCUGAUGGAAGUCAAUAUCACACUUGUUAAAAAUCAGAAUUGUACCAGAGAACAUGCUUACUGCUCUGAAGGAAGUACAGGAACAUGCGGGGGAGACUCCGGAGGUCCAUUGGUCUGCAAUGGACGGGCGUAUGGAGUGGUGUCAGCAAGCCAACCAUUCAAUGGUUCCACUCUGUACAAGUACACAAACAUACCGGACACCAUUGACUGGAUCAAUAAUAUCCUGAAGGACAACUGAAACAGCAUCUAAUAUAUCACCUUCAUCAAACCAUUUGACAAACACAAUUUUAGAGCAGAAGUAACGACCUGAUGAUUUGUUUUAUUUGGUUAAGUUUGUUGGUGUUAUAAUUCUGUAUUUCAUGCUGAGAUUGGCUGUUUUUAAAGUGCAUGCUCUGAUCAUUAUAGCAAAUGCUGAAUGAAUAGUUCAUAGUGUAUGUUUGAGAGAACAUACAUUAACAUUAAGUAAUUUAGAUUUUUGCUACCAAUACAAGCCUUAAGGAAAAUAUUGCUUUGUUCGUGGUAUUUAGAUAGAAGCUUAAGCUUUUAUAGAUUGAUGUGCUUAAUUUCAAAAGUAAAGCAAAAUGCU